AUGGACCUGACUCAAUCCCGCCUGCUGACAUCCUCUGCCCAUAACGUGCGGAGAAGGUCGCCACUGACUGUCUCGGAAGCAUCGACAGUGGAGCACCCAGAUCCACCGCCCCCUGGGCCAGGUCAACGUCAGUCAGAGACAGUUGAGCAAGCACUGCACGAACGAUUGCACGUACCUCCGAUGCAAUCGGUCCUUAUGAAUUCAACCAGAGAACUGCGACAACAAUGGCAACUGCAGUUCAGGGCACAUGUAGUGAAUGCACGUCUAUACCUUUCGCAGUUAGCUCAAAACAUCGAGACGUUAGCUUCACUGCAAUCUAAUCAGCAGCAGAUCCAAGAAUACCAACUAGAACCAGAUCUACCCCAGCCUUACGUGUCAGCUCCCCCCAACAGCUUUCCCCAAAGUACUGCCUCAGCUGCUCCACAACAGUUCCAACAACAACAACAACAACAACCGCGGCAUCAGCAGUUCUACGGUAACUACUACUCGGGGGUUUACCCUAACCAGCCUCCCACAAAUGGUCCUCAGUACCUAGGGCCAGCGGCCCCAACGGCGCCUGAUCAACCAAAUCACGACCAACCUCUGUACCGUAUUGGGGAACGUAGUCAACAGUCAAUUGAACGUGCACAACAUAUUUUGGUUGACGAUCCACAAUCUUCAGUUGGCGAAAUUAUUCUCGAAGCUAGCCAAAGAAAUCUCAUGCUUGGCCAAUUCAUUCUGGGUCGAUUCCGCGAUACUUUUAAGAUCAUGCAGCAGAUCUUGUCGGAUAUGGAAGGCCUGCUGUCAUCGCCGACGAUGUCGCGAGCACCGUUCCAAAAUAGUCCAAGCCGCAACGCCGAAACGGCCAGGUACAAUCGUCCGCCACGCGCGCAGCCACAUGAACAACCGCGUAAAGCUAUUUUGCACCGAUGCCCAUGGAAACCACUUGGGCAUUGUUCAUACCAGGGAAGCGACAAUCUCAACAAAGCCAAAGUUCACAUGAUCAAAGAGCACUUCAUUAUGGACAGUCAACCUAUCAGCAGAUCCAUCACUGUUUUGGAGCAAUUGACCGGAAGAUGUUGGUGUUCCCAUUUCAAGGGCACUGCAGGCGACUGGUUGAAGACUCAUGUGUUAGUGCCAAACAGUUUGUGCCCAUGGGUUCGAGUGGCUCACCGUUGGAGUGACAAGCCCAUGAAAUGUAAGUUUCGAGCGCUCAAUGUGCACGAUGAAUGCAAGACAACCCUCAACCGUUUCGCGGAUCUCAUCAAACACACGCUCGAGUAUCAUUUCGAUUACGACAAUGGUUUCGUUCCACCAGAGAACGACCUCGAACUAUGGUUGACCCGCAACGGGAAAUGUAAGUGUGGGUAUUGGGGCACUGGCAAUGAUAUUAUGUGUAGCCACAUCAUGUUAACGGACCUCAUGUGCAUCUAG